CAACCAUGGGUAAACGGAAGUCAUCGGCCAAGCCGCAGAAGAAGAUCAAACAAGUGUUGGAAACAACAUUUGCCUGUUUGUUUUGUAAUCAUGAAAAAUCAGUGAUUUGUACUUUAGAUAGAAAGAAUAGUUUGGGUGAGUUGCAUUGCAAAAUCUGUGGACAAUCUUUCCAAACCGCUAUUAACUCCUUAUCACAACCAGUUGACAUAUACUCUGACUGGAUUGACGCAUGUGAGGAUUUGGCUGAAGAGGCUGAUGCUGACGGCGGGGCCGGAGGCGAGGACGACGGUGCCGAAGAAGGAGAAUAUAGUGAUGAUGAAUUUGCCAGAACAAAGGGCAGAAGAGACCAAAUCAUUGGAUCUGAUGAAGAUGAUGAUUAUUAAAUAAAAUGUUAUAUAUUUAGCAAGAAUAGAAGAUGCUAGACCAAAAAAAGGGUGAAUAUAUGUGUAGCUUGAAGAGAAUAUAUUGCAUUGCAAGAUAUACAGGGACAAAAGAAAAUUCCAAGUGAUAUGAUAAAAUCUCCCACAUGGGAAUUGAAACCAGUGCAAACUAACUAUUAUUAGUAGAUGUACUAUUCAGUUGCUACACAGUGGAUAUAUUCUUAAAAUUUAUAUUACUCGCUUCUAUAUAA